AUGGAAAAUCCUGAAGUGCUUGUAAGCAGCUGCAGUACUCAUGAUGAUGAAAACCUAUACAGUUUUAAGCAUCACCCACCGAUGUGCCAGGAGUUGCUUCUAGAAGAUCAGCUGAGAAGGAAACUUAAAUUUUUCUUUAUGAAUCCCUGUGAAAAAUUCUGGGCCCGAGGGAGAAAACCGUGGAAGCUUGGCAUACAAAUUCUGAAAAUAGCCAUGGUUACUAUCCAGCUUGUAGUUUUUGGGUUAAGCAAUCAAAUGGUGGUUGCAUUUAAAGAAGAAAACACAGUGUCCUUUAAGCAUCUAUUCCUGAAAGGUUAUACGGACAGAAUGGAUGACACCUACGCAGUGUACACACAGACAGAUGUCUAUGACCAGAUCUCCUUUGCAAUAAACCAGUUUUUACAGCUGCAUACCAUUUCUGUUGGGAAUCAUGCCUAUGAAAAGAGAGGAACUGAAGAGACACCCAUGACAAUAUGUCAGUACUUCUACAAGAGAGGAAUUAUCAGCCCUGGAAAUGACACUUUCGAUAUUGAUCCAGAAAUUGAAACUGAGUGUCUUUAUGUGGAGCCAAUGCAACCUUUGGAAAAUGGGACAUUGAGGAAGACCCCUUUCAAUUUCACUUUAGACUUCCAUAGGCUUGUGACUCUGACACUCACAUUCAAACUGAAGGCCAUUAAUCUCCAGACAGUUCGACAACAUGAACUCCCAGACUGCUAUGAUUUCACUCUAACCAUAGUCUUUGAUAACAAAGCACAUAGUGGAAGAAUUAAAAUAAGCCUAGACAAUGAUAUUGCCAUCAAGGAAUGUAAAGAGUGGCAUGUUUCUGGGUCAAUACAAAAGAAUACCCACUACAUGAUGAUCUUUGAUGGUUUUGUCAUAUUGACAUGUCUUGCAUCACUGAUUCUCUGCAUACGAUCUGUAAUUAAAGGAAUUCAUCUACAAAGGGAAUUUGUGACUUUUUUCCAACAUCACUAUAAGAAAGAAAUUUCUUUCGCUGAUCUGAUGGAAUUUGUCAAUGGAUGGUAUAUCAUGAUCAUAGUUAGUGACCUUCUUACCAUAAUUGGUUCUACGUUAAAGAUGGAGAUACAGGCUAAGAGUCUGACAAGCUAUGAUGUCUGUAGUAUCCUCUUAGGAACUUCCACCAUGCUUGUGUGGCUUGGAGUGAUCCGCUACCUCAGCUUCUUUCGGAAAUAUAAUCUGCUUAUUUUGACUCUCCGUGCAGCAUUGCCCAAUGUCAUUCGAUUUUGCUGCUGUGCUGCCAUGAUUUAUCUGGGUUAUUGCUUCUGUGGCUGGAUUGUGCUGGGCCCAUAUCAUGCAAAGUUCCAUACCUUGAAUAUGGUUUCUGAAUGUCUUUUCUCUUUGAUAAAUGGAGAUGACAUGUUUGCUACUUUUGCAAAAAUGCAGCAGAAAAGCUACCUAGUAUGGCUAUUCAGUCGGAUCUACCUCUACUCUUUCAUUAGCCUCUUUAUCUACAUGGUUCUGAGUCUCUUCAUUGCCCUAAUUACAGACACGUAUGAAACAGUUAAGCAUUACCAGCAAGAAGGCUUUCCAGAUACAGAACUUCAUUCAUUCAUAGCACAGUGCAAAGAUCUGCCAAACUCUGGAAGAUACAGACUAGAAGAUGAGAGUCCUGUAAAUGUCUUCUGCUGUUGUAAAAGGUCUUAAUAAAAAUAUUGGCAAUAAUUGCUGAAAUUAGUUGGAGAUUCUGGAGCUGCACAAUCAUCACAGAUUCACAGAUAAACAAACAAAGAGGAAGUUCUAAUAUAUGAGGCACAACACUGUCAUGAAUGUUUUUGGAGCAUUUGCUGGUAUCUAUGUUAAUUCUGGUUUAUAAAUUGAGUCCUAAUUACUAUAUAAUGCACAGCUUAGAAUUGCUAUG